CAAAAUAUAAAAAGAAGAAGUAGCUUGGCUUUUAAGGAUUUGGAUUCAAACUGGAUCAUAUCCAGUGUAAAUCCCAAUGGAGGCAAUCCUCUCCCCGUUACGCACACACUAGCAGUAGAAAUGAGUAACUUUUUAGGUUUACGACCACACAUGUGUAUGUACAAAACAAAACCUUAUUAACAAUAACUUUAUUUGCUUUGUUUUGGAUCUCUAUCUAUAUAUAACCUUUCUCACCUCUUAGCAAUAGCAAGGUAUCUGAAAAUGGGAUUAAGUUUACUGUUUGCUGUGUUCUUCCUAUCUUGUGUAAAGCGUGUGGAACUCAAAGACUCAUCACCUUCUUGUGCUUUUCCUGCAAUCUACAACUUUGGAGACUCAAACUCUGAUACUGGAGGCAUAUCAGCUGCAUUUUUACCUAUUCCUGCACCAUAUGGUGAAGGCUUUUUUCAUAAACCUUUCGGAAGAGACAGUGAUGGUCGUGUCAUUCUUGAUUUCAUAGCUGAGAAGGUAAACUUGCCAUAUUUAAGUGCUUAUCUGAAUUCACUUGGAACCAAUUAUAGACAUGGAGCAAAUUUUGCAACUGGUGGAUCUACCAUUAGGAAACAGAAUGAGACUAUAUUUCAAUAUGGGAUAAGUCCAUUUUCUCUUGAUAUUCAAAUUGUGCAGUUUAACCAGUUCAAAGCAAGAACCAAGCAACUUUACCAAGAAGCCAAGGAUUCAGUUGAAAGAAGCAAACUUCCUGUUCCUGAGGAAUUCUCUAAGGCACUCUAUACAUUUGAUAUUGGCCAAAAUGAUCUCUCGGUUGGGUUUAGGAAGAUGAACUUUGACCAAAUUCGUGCAUCCAUGCCGGAUAUAGUUAAUCAGUUAGCUUCUGCAGUCAAAAAUAUAUACGAACAAGGAGGGAGGUCAUUUUGGAUACACAACACUGGCCCCAUUGGAUGUUUACCAGUGAACUUAUUUUACAAGCACAGUGUACCAGCGGGCUACUUUGACCCGUAUGGAUGUGUAAAUGAUCAAAACGUGAUGGCUGUAGAAUUCAACAAGCAGCUUAAGGACAGAGUGAUCAAGCUCAGAACAGAACUUCCAGAAGCUGCAAUUACUUACGCAGAUGUUUAUGCCGCAAAAUAUGGACUAAUCAGCAAUACCAAAAACGAAGGAUUUGUGGAUCCAAUGAAGAUCUGCUGUGGUUAUCAUGUGAAUGAUACACAUAUAUGGUGUGGAAAUUUAGGAACAGCAAAUGGGAAAGAUGUGUAUGGCACUUCUUGUGAAAAACCAUCAACAUAUGUGAGUUGGGAUGGUGUUCAUUAUGCUGAAGCUGCUAACCAUUGGGUUGCUAAUCGUAUACUCAAUGGCACUUUCACUGACCCGCCAGCACCAAUUUCUCAAGCAUGUUAUAGGCAUUAAAACCAUUUUAUGUUGUGGACAUUCUGAGGGUUUUGUUUUAUGCUCAUAAAAUAAAAAUAGAAACAUUUCUGUUUGCAGAUUUAUAAGAGGCUCUCGUCACAGUUUAGUAGUUUUACUGUAAAAAUAUUGUAUGUGAAACAUGUGUUAGUCACUAGGUCAAAAUAAAUCAUAAUGAAACAUACGAGAUUUAUUCUCCAGUAAAUAAAAGUCACCUUCUAAUUGAUGUUUUUAAA